AUGUCGUUCCUCCUGUUGCUGGAAGCCACCUGUGUUUUCCUGUUUCUCACAGUGCCCCCAUCAGUCCCUCUUCAGGAAGUCCAUGUAAGCAGGGAGACCAUUGGGAAGAUUUCAGCUGCCAGCAAAAUGAUGCAAUGCUCAGCUGCGGUGGACAUCCUGUUUCUGCUGGAUGGCUCUCACAGCAUUGGGAAAAGGAGCUUCGAGAGGUCCAAGCACUUUGCCAUCACAGUCUGUGAUGCUCUGGACGUCAGCCCUGAGAGAGUCAGAGUGGGAGCGUUCCAGUUCAGUUCCGCCCCUCAGCUGGAAUUCCCCUUGGAUUUGUUUUCAACCCGACAGGAAGUGAAGGCGAAAAUCAAGACGAUGGUUUUCAAAGGAGGGAGCACAGAGACAGGCCUGGCUUUGAAAUACCUUCUGUGCAAAGGGUUCCCAGGGGGCAGGAAUGCCUCUGUGCCCCAGAUCCUCAUCGUGGUCACAGAUGGGAAGUCCCAAGGGCAGGUUGCUCUGCCAGCCAAGCAGCUGAAGGAGAGUGGCAUCACCGUGUUUGCUGUGGGGGUCCAGUUUCCCAGGUGGGAGGAGCUGCAGGUGCUGGCCAGUGAGCCCAGGGAGCAGCACGUGCUGUUUGCUGAGCAGGUGGAGGACGCCACCAAUGGCCUCUUCAGCACCCUCGGCAGCACAGCCAUCUGCACCGUUGCCCCGCCAGCCUGCAGAGUGGAGCCCCACCCCUGUGAGCGCAAGAUGCUGGAGACGGUCAGGGAGCAUGACGGCAGUACCCCAUGCUGGAGAGGAUCACCGGGGACUAACGCCGUGCUGGCCUCUCGCUGUCCCUUCUACAGCUGGAGGAGAGUGUUCCUAAGCCAGCCCGCCACCUGCUACAGGACCACCUGCCCAGGUGCUUGUGACUCGCAGCCCUGCCAGAAUGGAGGCACGUGUAUUCCGAAAGGUCUGGACGACUACCACUGCAUCUGCCCACUGGCCUUUGGAGGGGACGCUAACUGCGCCCCGAAGCUGAGCCUGGAGUGCAGAGUGGACAUCCUCUUUCUGCUGGACAGCUCGGCGGGCACUACGCUGGAGCGCUUCCUGCAGGCUAAAGCCUUCGUGAAGCGGUUUGUGCAGUCCGUGCUGGACGAGGACUCCCGGGCCCGCGUGGGUGUGGCCCACUACAGCCAGGAGCUGGUGGUGGCGGUGCCUGUGGGGGAAUACCAGGACGUGCCGGGCCUGUUGCAGAGCCUCGACAGCAUCCCCUUUAGCGGUGGUGCCACCCUGACGGGCCGCGCCUUGCGACAGGUGGCAGAGCGAGGCUUUGGAAGCGCCGCCAGGACAGGCCAGGACCGUCCACGCAAAGCGGUGGUCCUGCUCACUGAUGCAAGGUCCCAGGACAAGGUGGCUGGCCUAGCACGCCGUGCGUGGGCUCAAGAGCUGCUCCUGCUGGGUGUGGGCAGCGAGGCUGUGCGAGCAGAGCUGGAGGAGAUCACAGGCAGCCCAAAACACGUGAUGGUCUAUGCUGACACACAGGACCUCUUCCGACAAAUCUCUGAGCUGCAGAGGAAGCUGUGCAGCCAGCGGGGUCCAGGCUGUCAGGCCCAGUCGCUGGAUCUGGUCUUCAUGCUAGAUGCCUCAGCCUCCGUGGGGCCAGAGAACUUUGCUCACAUGCAGAGCUUCAUGAGAAGCUGCACCCUCCAGUUUGACGUGAAUCCUGACGUGACACAGGUCGGCCUGGUGGUGUAUGGCAGCCAGGUGCAGACAGCCUUCGGGUUGGACACACAUACCACCCGGGCUGCUGUGCUGCGGGCCAUGAGCCAGGCCCCCUACCUGGGUGGGAUGGGCUCAGCCGGCACGGCCUUCCUGCACAUCCACGACAAGGUGAUGACCAUCCAGAGAGGUGCCCGGCCUGGGGUCCCCAAGGCCGUGGUGGUGCUCACCGGUGGGCAGGGGGCAGAGGACGCGGCUGUCCCUGCCCAGAAGCUGAGAAACAAUGGCAUCUCCGUGUUGGUUGUGGGCGUGGGGCCUGUCCUGAGGGAAGCAUUGCGGAGGCUGGCAGGUCCCCGGGACUCCCUGAUCCAUGUGGCGGCUUACGGAGACCUGAAGUACCACCAGGACACGCUCAUUGACUGGAUAUGUGGAGAAACCAAGCGGCCAGUCAACCUCUGCAAACCCAGCCCAUGCAUGAACGAGGGCACCUGUGUCCUGCAGAACGGGAGCUACCGCUGCACAUGCCGCGAUGGCUGGGAGGGCCCCCACUGUGGGAACCGCAUCGGUCUGGGUGCUGGGAUGUAG